AUGCUGUCUCCGGCUUUUGCGUCGGGGCACUCCGUGCUGACGGUGCCGAAGUCGCGGCGCGUUGGUUUUACUACGAGGAGCACAGUGAGCACAGCUACAGGGCCAUCGCAAUCAGGCGGUUUUGCAUGGGCAGCUCUUGGGAUGUGCCUUGCCUCCGGACGAAAGCAGGUUGGCCUGCGUGGAGGGUCUUCAACACUGAGACCUGCGAUUGCCCAUGUUCUGGGCGUCCAAGCACCGGCAGCUUUUUGGGACCCACUGGAACUCUCAGCUGACGGUGAUGUGGCGCUUUUCAAAAGCCGAAAGGCUGCGUCUGUAGUACAUGGCAGGAUGUGCAUGGUCGCAUGUGCUUACGAGCUCGGCUGCCAGCACUUCUCCCAGAGCUUUGUGGCCUGGGCAGACAUGCCAGGUGCACUGCAGACAUGUACGGCUGAGUUCCUUGCCUUGUGCGAGCUUUUCUCCCACAAGUUUGGUUGGCACCGGAGGACCCAACCAGUCGACCGCGAGAUCGCCCAGCUCCUCUCCACGACCCCCUGGCUGCGGAGGAGCGACUUUGACUCGAUGGUCCGGCAGCACCUCCAUGCUUUCCAUGGCCUGGGCGGUGCGCUCCAGGUCCGAGCGGCUUUGGCCGAGGUGCGAAAGAGCACUGAAGGAAGGAGCCGGGAAGCAGUCCGCAGCUGGCCAGCCUAUCUGUACAAACUGCUGAAAAAGGCGUUUGUGGAGGCAAAGUCGACAAGGACGGACCCCGUAGCCGGACUCGGCACGGCUUCAUCCACAGGUGCUUGA